AUGGCGCCCCUCGCCUCGGCAGAGACGUCCAACGAGGUCGACGGCGACAACCUUGCCGUCGCCGUCGUCGGCCCAGAUGCAGCUGCGGCGGAAGGGGAGCACGCGGCCCGCAAUCCUCGGCUCGAGACCUUGCUCUGCGAGGACGCCGAUCUCCGGCUCUGGCUCGAGCACACUCACUACUUCGACAUCGCCUACCGCGAACGCGUCCUCGACAGUUACAGGAAGCUCAAGGCCGUCGAGGAGGAACGUCAGCGGCUGCUGCAGGAGCUCCGCGCCAUCGGUGGCCCUGCCACCUUCUACAGUCCUACUACCGGCCCUGUUCAUCAGGCGCCCAUCCACAACCAGCUUCACGAAGUCCAAGCCAAGGUCGCCUCGAGAUCGCUGACGCAUCUUCGGUCGACCUCGAGCAAGGAGGAAGCCAUUCAGCCGUCAGCCACUUCAACCCCUACCUUGGCCUCUUCCUCCGUCACUCACCCGGACGGAGCCUUGACGCCGCCGCCGACAACGCUGCUGCAACCGCUGCCGCCGCCGCCGCCGUCACCGCCGUCGCCACCCUCGUCGCCGCCGCUGUCGCCGCCGACGUCGUCGCCCUCGCCGACUGCCUGGGCGCCCGCCAGGCGUGAAACUGGUGGCGGGCGUCCAGAUUUUCCCGUGAAAACCCAGCUGGAGUCGCGAUACUUCCUCUUCAAGUGCUCCAACACUCUCAACGUGUAUAUGUCCCAGCGAGAUGGCCUCUGGGUCACUCAGGCCAAGAACGAGCGACUUCUGACCGAGGCCUUCCACGAGUGUCGAAGCGUCAUCCUGUUCUUCUCCAUCAACAAGUCCCGCAGCUUUCAAGGCUACGCCCGCAUGGUGUCCCUCCCCGACGCUACCAUCGCCAAGAAGGAGUGGAUUCGCAAUAUCAACCUGACCUCCGUCACGGCCCCUUUCCGCGUCGAGUGGAUCAACAUGACCGAGACGCCCUUCGAUAACCUAGGCGACCUGAGGAACUCCUACAACGAGUACCGCUCCGUUAUUGUAGGCCGCGACGGGCAGGAGUACCCCCCCGAAUGCGGCCGGCAGAUGGUAAAAAUCUUUGACGAGUCCUCGCAGCAGGGCCAACUCGCCGACGCUGGCCGUGGAACUAGUCCUUACGUUGGGCUGGGCAAGCCGAGGGCCCCCUUCAACGCCCUGCGUGCGAACGGCGCGCGCAAGCCGUUCGAUUCCACCUUUGGUCGCCAUCGCGCCGAAUUCCCCAACGAGGAAGAACGGCCGUACGCGAUGCGAUCCUGGCGCACUGUGGAGAUGGUGCCAUCCCACCCUGAGCCCAAGUACGCUAUUUACAACCGCCGGAGAGAUUCCUCUUCGCCCUCAAUCGUUUCCGAAUCGUUUCCGCCUGCCACCGUCGACAACCUAAUCGACUUGGUUGGAGAGUAG